AUGCUUCACCAAACGCAAAAACGCCCAAGGUCAGAAGAUGAAUCGCAAGAAGCGCAAGCAAAGCGAGCGCGCAACGACUCCAUCAUAACCUCGCAAGAGCAGCGCUGCAACGACAACAAACCCGCAAUCGAAGCCUGGUGCAAAGCACAGCAGACCCACCCCAAAGCACGUUGGUACGAGAAGCUGCACGCUUGGGAAACGAAUGGCUGUCGCGACGUAAGACGCAAGUCAACCGCAACAACAUCGCCGCCUACUCCCGUCACCAUCACACAAACCCCCGGAAUGGAUUCGCCUGCAGAGAUUCUGAACAUUAGACGGCAAUGGGGCGACGCCAAACCAGACCGUCGUAUACAUCCACUAGACAAAGUCGAAGUCCCCGAGUGGCCUACCGAGGACUCACUCGCGGUGUGUACAAAGAGGCCUGAUGGUUUGUACAAGUGCCUACACCCUGAAGGUAGCCACCACAAGUGUUGCCGCGAGGGCCUAACUGAGAAGAACAAGAAGGGUGCUAUUGCCAAGCAGAUACGAGCGUGGAAGACUAGAGUCGAAGAAAUGGUGUUGAAGGGGGAGCUGCAUGUUGCGCAUAAGAUGUGGCCGGAUUGGAACAAGAAGAGUAGGACGGAGUAUGAGGGGGAGGUGGAGAGGUGGGAUGGGGUGUUGGCACUGUUGGGGGGUUUGCAAGGAAAGAAUAAAGGGGGGCAAGGACUUGGGACGCCAUCUCCUCGUCCUGUUGCGGCGCCAAUUCCUCGUCCUGCAGCGUCGCCUGCUCGAAGGACUCCGAUCGAGGCUGCCCGUCAGGCUAGUCCGCAGGAAUAUGCGCCGCAGGCAUUCGUUCCAUCCGCGUCACCGACUCAGCAGAUGUCCCCGUUGCAACAGGCUACCCACACACAUACAGCAUCGCGGCAGUUCCAACAUCAGUCCCCACAGCAGCGGCCAGUUCAACAUCCAGCCAACACAGACAGCACAGCGAGUUCACCAGCUCAUCCUGGGUCUUACCAGCAACCUCAAGCGCAACCUACCUACCACAAUUCGCCGACCCGAGAUUUCGCCACCUCGGCCACAUCCAGGAGUCCGGAUUUAUCAGCGAAGCAUGGAUAUGGCAGCCCUGCCUUUGCUUACGCCGGACCGCAUUCGAAUGGAUCGCCUCCACAGCGGGCUGCAGCCGGCACCUUCCCUCAACCCAGGUCGCAUCAAGCUGCAGUGAUUGCGUCUGGAGCAGUACCUGGAGUGGGUCAACAGACACCGCAGUAUGCGCCAACACCGGACAAGACACUGUCGCCAGUCGCCGCUGCACGAUCGGAUUAUCCUAGCAACAUCCAGGCCACGCCUCAGUCCUUCUCUCGAGAGCAAGAGCAGCGUUCACAGCAACAGCAAGCUUCGAAGCCGGCUCGAAAUGUGAGCCAACAGCAAGCCGCCGUCCAGCUGCCAUCAUCAGGCGCAGCGACAAACCAUGCGGCCAAAACAUGUCCAGCACCCACCCAAAUGACGACAAGCCCAAGCCCAAGCACAGCGGCAAAGCGCACUUCCGCUUCCAUCAAUACACCAAAAAUGUCCUCCACUCACACCCUCUCGCCGGACAAGUCUUCCACGCUUGCAGCUUCGUCGCCUACCAGGCCAAAGCAUGCUGUAAACUACCAACCGGAAGCGAUUCGCAUGCUGCAACAGCAGAUCAAGGACCAUGAGCCUAUUGUGCUUGGUGGGCUGAAGAUCACUAGAGAUGAUGUGACCACAAGUAUGAAUGGCUGCAUUCGUAAACUUACGACGGCAUUGCAGUCGCAAGCCGAAGAAGUUGCGCAGAAAGAGGUCCAGGAAGCUGCGCGGAAGGAGGCAGAAGAAGUUGCGCGGAAGGAAGCUGAGGAGACUGCACGGAAGGAAGCUGAGGACACUGCGCGUGCUAACUUUAAGGACGCUUCUCAAGACCAAGCUGAAACUACCGACGAGAUUGCUGCUCUCGCGGUCUCAAACGACAACGAAGGCCACGAACUAGACUACCUGUUUUCCGACACUCCUAUUCGGGCGUCUCACAGCCACCCCAUCAACUUCGGCAACGUAAACGAAUAUCUCUUCGACGACAGCGCCGACAGUAACGAAUGGCGCCCCGAAAUCAUGCCCGACCUGCCACCUGACUUCGGGAAGAUGGACCUUAUUGAGAUGACACGUCGCGCCUUUGAAGAAGAACCUUCACCCUCACAGCCAGAAGAGCAGCCUGAGCAGGAAGAAGACACACUAGCUGACCUGAGCUACCCCGAAGCGUGGUUCAUAGAAGACGUCGAGGACUUCGUCACCAGUGGUCCGCUUCCUGAGUGGAUGCAACGGCCUACGACGGAUUUCACUUUGGAGCACAUGUCGCGUUGGGAUGCGGACAUGGUGACGCCGUCGGAUCCACAGGACUGGUUGCAGGCGACCAGGGCCUGGCAGGAGGAAAGGGAUGCGGGUCGGAGGGGAGCGCGUGGAGGUGUGCAGUGA